AUGGCCGGCAGCCAGGACCAGGUUGCUUUCGUGGAACAUCAGGAGGAGUUUGACGCAAUACUGGGCCCCGAUCCACACGUUUCAAUACUCGCAGACGAGAGUUCUGCAGGAUUUCCUCUCUAUCAUGAAGCCUGCGUUUAUCAUGCACCGACACGCAGCAUCUUCGUGACCUCAAACCAGAUUCCAAAUCCUCCCAACCAACAAAACCUAGCAACAGGAGAUAAACAUAUCAAGCUCUCCCGAGUUUAUGAUACGUAUCAAAGAUCUCCCACGGAAUCAAAUGUCGCCAAAAUCGAAGACAUCACCUUUCCACGAAUCGACGGUGCUAUGCUGAAUGGCGGUGUGAAUUCCGCUGAUGGCAUCCUCUUUUGUGCUCAAGGAUCAAAAGACCCGAGUGAUCCGUCAGGUAUCAUCAAAGUCGCGGUUCCAUCCGAGGGCAGCAGUGUCACUACAUCAGAGAUCGUGAUCGGGUCUUUCCACGGGAUUCCAUUUAAUUCAGUCAACGACGUGGUCGUCCAUUCACUAGACUCCUCCAUCUGGUUUACAGAUCCUCAGUACGGCUUCCACCAGGGCAUCAGACCUCAACCGCAGCUCCCUAACCAAGUCUACCGUUAUGACCCUCGUAACGGAUCGAUUCGUGCUGUCGCAGACGGCUUCGUACGGCCAAACGGUCUCUGCUUCUCGCCUGGCCUCGACACACUCUAUGUGACAGAUACAGGUGCAAUCCAUGGCUCACCAUCAGUGCCAAAUGAUCCGGCAGGACCCUCGCAUAUCUACGCAUUUGAUAUUGUCUACCCUAAAGGGCGGACCGAGCCGAUGUUGGUAAACCGGCCGCCUGACGGAAUCAAAUGCGACACCCGGGGCAAUGUCUACGCUGGAUGCGGGGAUGGGAUUGAAGUAUGGAAUCCUAGCGGUGUGCUUAUCGGCACGAUUAAAAUUGCUGGUGGUGUCGCGAAUUUCUGCUUCGGUGAGAAUGGAGUCAUAUAUGCUUGCAAUGAGACCAGAUUGCUCAGAAUACAUUUGGGCGGGGAAGGUGCCAAGGGGGCUCUUUUAGGUAUCUGA